GGGCUCCAGCUUAGUCGUGUUCCAGUAACGCUUCCGCGCACACCAAAAAAAUUCCGAUUCCGAAUUCAGAACCAACUGAAAUUCCCGAAAUCCCAGAAAGGACGCAGACGUGUCCCAAAUCACCCAUCAGAUAGUCAGCCCCAAAGAGAGUGCAAAUAGAAAUCAGUAUGUCCGGUAGGAUCCUGGAGGACUCGCCCAAUGCGCGCAUCAACAAGACGAUCCUCGACCGCUACCUGUCGCUGCCGCUGCAGGAGAACAUCGUCCAGGCCACCUACGUGUGGAUCGACGGAACCGGCGAGGACCUGCGCUGCAAGGAUCGCACCCUUGACUUCAUCCCCCAGAGCCCCAAGGAGCUGCCCGUUUGGAACUACGAUGGAAGCUCGUGCUACCAGGCCGAGGGGUCCAACUCGGACACCUACCUGUACCCGGUGGCCAUCUACAAGGACCCCUUCCGCCGCGGCAACAACAUCCUGGUGAUGUGCGACACCUACAAGUUCGACGGCACCCCCACGGACACCAACAAGCGCAAGACCUGCCUGGAGGUGGCCAACAAGUGCGUCGACGAGGAGCCCUGGUUCGGCAUCGAGCAGGAGUACACCUUCCUCGACUUCGAUGGUCAUCCACUGGGCUGGCCCAAGAACGGCUUCCCCGGACCCCAGGGUCCCUACUACUGCGGCGUUGGUGCCAACAAGGUUUACGCCCGCGACAUUGUGGAUGCCCACUACCGUGCCUGUCUGUAUGCCGGAAUCAAGGUGUCCGGAACCAAUGCCGAGGUGAUGCCCGCCCAGUGGGAGUUCCAGGUGGGACCCUGCGUGGGAAUCUCCAUUGGCGAUGACCUCUGGAUGGCUCGUUUCCUCUUGCACCGCAUCUCCGAGGAGUUUGGCAUUGUGUCCACUUUGGACCCCAAGCCGAUGCCCGGCGACUGGAACGGCGCUGGUGCCCACACCAACGUGUCCACGAAGGCGAUGCGCGAGGAUGGUGGCAUCCGGGACAUCGAGAAGGCGGUGGCCAAGCUGUCCAAGUGCCACGAGCGGCACAUCCGGGCCUACGAUCCCAAGCAGGGUCAGGACAACGCCCGUCGUCUGACCGGCAAGCACGAGACGAGCUCCAUCAACGACUUCAGUGCCGGAGUGGCCAACCGCGGAUGCAGCAUACGCAUUCCCCGUGGGGUCAACGACGAUGGCAAGGGCUACUUCGAGGAUCGCCGCCCCAGCUCCAACUGCGAUCCCUACUCCGUGGUGGAGGCCAUCUUGCGCACCAUCUGCCUGGACGAAUAGAAGGGGUUAAUGGGCACAGGCCCACAUCUCCAGAGUUGUUAUCGAUUUAUAGAUUGUUGUUAAAACCACCUUCGAUCCACUGACCCACUGACCCACGAACACCCGAACACCGAAAGCGAAGUUAUAUGCAUACCGUAGGCUUAGUUUUUACCCAACGUAUUUUUCGAAAACCCAGAACUAGAAUCCUAAGGCAGCCCUUUUUGCUGAUAUUUCCCGUGUUUUUUUUUUCUUUUUUUUAGCUGCUGUUAUUUAGGUUUUAGUGUGAGUUUUUUUUUGGACCAGCAAUACACUAGAUAUGGUCAGCGAGAUGAAGAAGAUGAGAUCAAGAUGAGCAAGAACCCAAAAAGACAUCCCCAUUACACCCACAAAAAAAAAACAAGAAACAUAAAGCUCUAGUAUCAAACACUCCCCUGAGACCCCCAUAAAAGACCCAACCCCCUACUUGUUAAUGAUAUUAAAUAAUUAACUUUAAUCCUAAACUACAUACAUAUACUCUCUAGUUAAGAAAAUGCACUAAAAAAUAAAAAAAAAUACACAA